UAUGUAACAGAAAUUAAAACUUUUAGCCUACGAAUUUGCAUACCAAUGAAUCAAUGAAUGUCCAUAUGCUAUAAUUAAUAUGGAUUAAUUCUUACCUAAUAAUGAAGUGACUAUAUAUGUAUGUGAGUCAUGGUUCCCCUAGGUUCACAAUAGAGGUUAAUAUUAAUACAAUGGCAUACAGAGUUUUGGGAUAGAUCUAUAAAUACUUUCUUAAAGUACUAAUGUGUUCUUAAAAUAGUGUUUGACGUGGUCAAAAUGAAUAAUCACAUUUUAAUUAUUGUAAGAAAUAUAGGAAGUAAUAUGCAAAACUAAGGAGAUUGUAUAUUUCAGGAAAUAAUCUUUUAAUUUUGAUACUAUUAAAACAAUUAGUAGUACUUGUUACGGUUUUGUAGAGCUAUAAUCAAUACCAGAUCAGAGGAAUUUUAAGUUUUGUUAGAUUUAAAUCAUUAUUUUAACAUAAGCCAAGGAAGAGCAAUGUUUUGAAAUCUAGGAAAGCUUCAGCUUUUGUGUCAGUACGAUUAGUAUAUCCUUAAGAAUUAUCCUACUUUGAUAAUUCCUUUUAGAGUAAUAAUUCAGAUACCUUAUUUUUCAAUUUUUCUUAAAUACAUUUAUAUAUUUUUAAUUGUAUCAUACAUUCUGGUAAACUGCCAUAAAUCCUCUGAGGAAAAAUACAGGAAAUAAUACACAAAUGAAGCCUGACAUAUUUAAAGAUUGGCAUUUUCAUCUGGAAUAAUCAUGUUUUUUAUUAUUGAGGCAUCAAAGCCCAGGAAGAAAUGUAUAUGGUUAAACAGUUUUCAUCAUUCUACAGCCAUUUUAACUAGCCAAGAGGCUAAUUAAAACUUUAGGCAUGCUUAGAAUUUGUAGUUGAUCCUAACCAAGAAUCAUAAAUUCUUUCUACUUCCAAACGUGUAUUUCUAAUUUAUGUAAAAUGCUGUUUAUGUAAACAUAAUUUUCAACCAAGAAAAGAUUUAGAGUAGUAAAAUAUGUCCCGGUCACAAGUUCAUUAUAAGGUAAUUUAUUACUUUACUUAGUUUUAUACAUUUAUGGUCAUUUCAUUACAAUUACCAGUCAUAUUUACUAGUAAAUGUCCUUUUGAGUUAGAAUAAUGAAGAUUGUAUAUAUUCCUAAGUUUUCAUUUUUAGUUUAUUUAAUGCUUUUGUGUUUUCCUUUUUAUUUCUUGAACAGAGACCAGAAAUGAGUGGAAUGCUAUCUUAAGCCAAAAAAAAAGUUAUAAUUUUUAUUUAAUACUACUUAAAUGAAGAAAGGUAAAAAAAGAAAAAAAUUCCAAUGAUAAUUAUCCCAUUCAGACAUUAGUGAAUAUGUCGCUCAAUCCAAGUCGACCUUCCUCAUCAGAGUUGGUGGAACUUCAUGUUUUUUAUGUCCCUGAGGGAUCAUGGAACUAUAAGCUAAAUACCAUUUCAACAGAAGUUGUUAACAGAUUCAUUUCAGCUGGAUUUCUGAGAGUAUCUCCUCAACUUACUUUACAAGCCCUGAGGGAGCAUCUUGGUGAGUUCCUGGGUGAAGAUGCUAUUGCAGAAAAAUUUUUGUUUCUGAAAUGCAUUGGAAAUAAUUUAGCUGUGGUGAAGGAAAAGCAAGAAUCAGAACUGAAACUCAGAUCAUUUACUCCUCCAUAUGCUCUUCAACCAGAAUUAUAUUUGCUUCCUAUAAUGGACCACUUAGGAAAUGUUUAUUCACCAUCAUCAACAGUUAUUUUAGAUGAGCAGCAGACUAAUAAUGGUGGUACUGAGGUUGAUGGAACAAUCCACAGACCAAUUAGUGUAACUUUGUUCAAGGAGGAACCUGGAAGAGAUCCCAGUUUGUUAGAAAACACUUUGAAAGAGCUUCCUAACAAGAAACAGGAAGAAGCAUCAGCUGGGGGAAAAGCCACUGCAGAACAAAGCCAGAUUGCAAAAAAUCAAAUUGGAAAUUCUGAGUUGCCAAGAUCAUUGGAAGAUUCAGAUAAUGAUUAUUUUGACAUCAAAAAAAGUCAGUGUCUUUGGAAAAAUGAAGAUGAUACAGCUAUCAACAGAACACAGGACAAUCAGAUAGCUGAAAAAGAGUACAUCACCUUACCAGAUCACCCUUUACUUCCUUGUCAACCUAUUCUUCCUUCAGAAAUAACUGCUAUCUCUUUAUUACAAACUGAAACCUAUUUUGGUUGGAAGAAAAAAUACUUGGAAACAAAGAAAGUCACAGCAUCAAUGGAGGAGGUUUUAACAAACCUUCGAGAAGAUUUGGAACUCUACUACAAAAAACUGCUCAUGCAACUUGAAGCCAGGGAGAUCAAGAUGAGACCAAAGAAUCUGGCAAGCAUCACAGGCCGUAAGAAUUACCUUAUAAUCCAGAUCACUGAGGUACAGCAUGCAAUUGACCAGCUUAAGAGAAAACUGGAUACUGACAAAAUGAAACUCAUAAUAGAAGUUAAGGUAAUUUACAUUUUUCCUAAUCAGAUUACAUUUUUCCUGAUGAUUUUCCUAAAUUCAUAUUAUUUAAAUAUGAAUAAUGUGUCUUCUACUAGAUGUUAAGUUUCCUUCCAGGCAGAGACUAUGCCUUAGUAAACUGUUUCUUUCAUGGAACCUUUUGUAUACCAGAUGCUUAGUAGAGGCUUCUGGGCAUAACUUUAUUUCGUGAGAAUUGUGUACAACUAACUACAUCAUAGGAAUUAUCUCUGAAGUACAGAUGUCUUAAAAAGCUUUUUUGUUGAACAGAAAACAGAAGAAGAUUAUACAUUUUCACACAAGUAUCCAUACAAGCCAGGAAAAUAAUCAUAUGAAUGCGCUCAUUUCUUUAUCAGAAACAGCUUUAUGAUACAUAAUAGUGGCUCCGUUCUAGAAUUAGCUCUUUUUAAAAAUUUUUAAAAAGAAAAUUAGAACUGUCCUGGGUUUCAGAUAAGAAUAAAAAUAAAUAAAAUUUAAAAAUAAAAAAAUAGAAUUUAGCACUGUCCAAUAGAACUUCAUGUGAUGAUAAAAUGUUCUAUGCCUGUACUGUCAGAUUGAUAACCACUAGUCACUUACUGAUAACUGAGCACUUGAAAUGUAGGUUGUGUGACUGAGGAACUGAAUUUUAAAUUUUAUUUAAUUUUAGUUAAUUUAAGUUUAGUUACAUGGCAAUUGGCUUCUACACUGGACAGUGCAGUUCUAGAUUAUUUUUACAAGCAGCAUUCUCGAGGCUAUAUAAGCCCUGGAUCAGCACUGAGAAGCUUAAAACUUAAAAUGGAAAAGGAAAAGAACAGAGAAUGAUUUUUAACAAAGUAUCAGUUAAAUAUGCACUUAAAAAAUAAUUUGUUUAAUGAAGGAAAACUGUGUUACUCAAUAUAUGGAGAUAGAGCCAAUAUGUAAAUUUGUAUACUUAACAAUAAUUGGGUAGGUACCAAGGAGUAAUAAAAAUGCCCCCAGAGGCUUGGAUUAUGACUCCCCUUAUGCUGUUUUCUUCCUGGAAAGCAUGUACAUUAGAUCCUAUAAUCUUUGUAUAUUUUAGCAUUAUAAAUGUCACUCAUGAUUUGAACCCAAAUUAGAAUUGUUAGUACAAAAACAGUAAAGACAAGUGAAAUAGGAGAAAAAAGAGAACAAAGUUUUCAGCCUAUAGGCUGGGGGAAAACAUCCUGUAUUUAACCAUAGUGCCUGAUCGACACAUAACAGACAUUAUAUAAGAAAUUUUAUUGAUUUCUGAAUGAUCUCCCCAAAACAACACUACCUACAAGAUUCAGAACUAAGGGACAAAAAAACCUAGCCUGAGUCUCUUUCAACCAUAUUUAUUCAAGAUAGUACAGCAUAAGUAGUGCUCCUCAAAGUUUAAUGCGAUAUCAUCUGAGGAUACUGUUUAAAAAUGCAAGUUCUGACUCAGUAGGUCUGGAUGCAGCCUGAGAUUCUUCAUACCCAACAAGCUCCCAAUUGAUGCUAAUACUGCUGGUUCACAAACAAGACUUGGAAUAGUACUGGAUCUGAUACCAGGUGGUUUGAGUUUGAAUCCUGGCUGUACCCACUUCACUUACUAGUUUUAUAUGCUGAGCAAAUUACUUAGCCUCUAAACGUCUCCAUUUCAACUGUAAAAUGGGGAUAAAUAUUAAUAAGUAUCUGACUCUACAAAAUUUUUG